GGUAUUUAUUCAAACCCCGACACUCUCCAACAACAUCGAGCUUGCCGUCGUCGCCGUCGUCCACGAUGGUCGCUGCGCUCCUCCGGGGACAGCUGAGGUCGUACCCUGCCAAUGGCCAUGGAACAUUUCUCCCUCAAAUUCGGAAACUUGUCUUCGAGUACUGUGACAAAUGGCCUUCCUCUGCGAAUACCCGCACAUACAUUCUCAAACACCUCGAAUCUCUAGCGCGCGCCAACCCCCAUGUAGAGGUCGUGGUCAGGCAGCGCAACUACAAGGAACCUAUUGUUCGUGGAUACUACGUCAACAAUCGCGACAAAGUCAUCCCGCUAAACGGCUUCGAAGUCACCGGCAUUGAUAAAAAAGUAGAGCUUCUCCUCGAUUCAUCAGGCGCCAAGAUCAGGGCGCUGAAGAAACCGGUGGAAAGCUCGACGGAAGCGACGAGGGGCAUUUGGAGUGGACUGCAUGCCGAACGUCCCAGACUGUAACGGUGCGGAUUCUAUGAUAUAGACACCUUAUACACCCUUUUGGCAUCGUGUUCGACAUGCGUCUGAUCCAUCUAAUCGCCUCGCCCUUUACUCCAUACGCAACGUUCUAUUACCCUUGCACAUGUGUAAAUCGCAAGGCUUAGGUAUGUCUACUUAUAUACCG